AAAUCGAAAUCGAAAACCCCAACCCAAAUCAAUCGCUUCCGUUACGAAUUCCCCCAAAUCCAUCCCCUCCCCACCCCCGUCGGAUCCAUCGCCGCCGCCGCCAUGUCGUCGUCGCAGCCGCAGCAGCGCUACUACUGCCACCAGUGCGACCGCGCCGUCGCCAUCGCCGCCCCCGCCUCCCGCGACGACGAGGUCUUCUGCCCGCUCUGCGCCGGGGGGUUCGUCGAGGAGCUCCUCGACGACGAGGACCCCCCUCACCACAUGCCGCCGCAGUCCCCCUUCUUCCCCCUCGCCAGCUUCCUCGACCUCCGCAACCCCAGCGACCUCGCCGGGGUCCUCGGCCCGCCAUCCCCCUCCGCGCCCCGCGCCGCCUCCUCCGCCGCCAACCCAAACAACCAGUUCGACGUCACCGACUUCCUCCACGGCCACCUCGGCGGCCUCCUCUCGGGCGGCGCCACCAUCCAGAUCGUCCUCGAGGGCUCCUCCUUCCCCGCCGGCUUCGCCUCCUUCCAAGGGGGCCCCGUCCCCGGCGGGGUCAGCCUCGGCGACUACUUCAUGGGAUCCGGCCUCGAGCAGCUCAUCCAGCAGCUCGCCGAGAACGACCCCAGCCGCUACGGCACCCCGCCCGCCGCCAAGGCCGCCGUCGCCGCCCUCCCCGACGUCGCCGUCUCUGCCGACAUGAUGGCCGCCGACGGGGGCGCCCAGUGCGCCGUCUGUAUGGACGACUUCCUCCUCGGCGCCGCCGCCAAGCAGCUCCCCUGCAACCACGUCUUCCACAAGGACUGCAUCCUGCCGUGGCUCGACCUCCACAGCUCCUGCCCUGUCUGCCGCCACGAGCUGCCCACCGAUGACCCUGACUAUGAGAACCACCAGCGCCAGGCCGCUGCCCCUGCUGCUGCGGCGGCGCCUGCGUCCCCUGGCGGUGGCCCUUCGCCUAGGGUCAUGGAGAGGAGGUUCAGGAUCUCCCUGCCGUGGCCUCUCAGGGCUGCUUUUGGCGCGCAGCAGGCAGAGAGCAGUGACCAGGACGCUGCUGGCUCUGGUGACUACAACAACGAUCCGAAUGCGAGCGGUCGCUCGUAUGAUGAUCUCGACUGAAGCGCCUGCAAGGAAGAGGGGAACAGGGGGAUAAGGAGGGGCAACGGACUGGCGGGAAAGAGAAUCUGAAUGCAAGGAAGAGAAGACAAGAAGAAGAAGAAGGAAGACUUAUGUUGUUGUUGUUGAUCUGAAUUGAAUUGGAAGCUUUUUUGGUGAUGAAGAGUGGCGCCGUCCGUCUAUUGAUCUCCGUUGCCUCGUCUCCCCUCCCCUCCCCUCCCCUCUUUGCCUGUCAUGGUUGUAGAAAGAGAAGAGAGAAAAAGAAAGUAGAGAUGAUAUUCUUUGGUUGCCUGGUCUGGUCUGGUCUGGUUGGUGGGUUGACUUGACUGAAUAUACCUUCUUGUGGGAAGGAAGAAGCUCCCUCCUUCCUAACUUCCUUGUCUGUGUUAUUAGUAGAAUUGUGUGUCUGUGUCGUUGAUCGAUCUUCCUUUCUCUCUUGUGGGAUGGGAAGAAAGAAAGAAAGAAGAAAGGGAACCCUAGCGAUCCUCCUAUAUAGACAUACAUAAUGUGUUAUAGUAUGUUUAAAUGGAUGGAUGGUGUCUGGAAAUGAUGAUGAUGAUAGUAUUUUGUUGGUUUGUUUUCCCUAGCGAGCGAGCUAUCUAGGGAUUGUGAUGACCAGGUUAAGAUGUGAUGCACAAGAAGAUGGAUGGAUGGAUGGAGAAGAAGAUGGUGCAUCACUAGCAAUUGUGCACCCAGGAAUGGAUGAUGCAUCGUUGUGAGUGUGCACGUUGGCGCUGAACAACAUUAACAUUUUGGAUUCAUUGAUU